GUCAAAUAGGUUAGAUCGGCUGGCAUAUCAUUCAACCAGUCAUUCAUUCAUUCACUUUCUUUACUCUUUUACUUGUUAAAUUUUCUCGGGAAAAUUUCUCUCCCUCCUGGCUAGGGUUUUUUUUUUUUUUUUCUUUCUCUCUAAAGAUUGUGCCUCAUCACUAGCUACUUAUUUCAUUGAUGACUCUACCUCUUUCUCAUAGCUGAGAUUACCAACAAAAGAUUCUCAUUGCUCCGGUUCCAGGCUACUUGUCAGGAUGGUGAGGGGGAAGACACAGAUGAAGCGCAUAGAGAACGAGACAAGUAGGCAAGUAACGUUUUCAAAGAGAAGAAAUGGUUUGCUUAAGAAGGCUUUUGAGCUUUCAGUUCUCUGUGAUGCUGAAGUCGCACUCAUCAUUUUCUCUACCAGAGGCAAGCUCUAUGAGUUCUCCAGCUCUAGAUGUUUCAGUGUAAACAAAAUAGUGGAACGCUAUCAAAGGAAGGUCAAGGAUCUACAUAGCCUCAACACCAAACAAAUCCAAGAAAAUACACAGGUAAAGGAAGGUGAUGACAUCAACAUCACAAAGAAGCUAGAGCAACUAGAAGUUUCUAAAAGAAAGCUUUUGGGAGAUGGUUUGGAUUCAUGCCCCAUUGAAGAGUUACAACAGAUAGAGAAUCAGCUGGAACGAAGCUUAACCAAAGUUAGGGCAAGAAAGAACCAAUUGUUCAGGGAGCAAAUUGAGAAGCUAAAGGAACAGGAAAAAUGCCUUCUUGAAGAAAAUAGAAAAUUGAAAGAGAAGUGGCUUGAACAGCAACGGUCUUUAAGCAAACAAGGCGUGUUGCUUGUCGGAGAAAGGCGGCCGGCAGUGGAAGAGGAAGAGGAAGAGGAGGAGGAAGAGGAGGAAGUGGUGGAGACAGAGUUGGAGUUGUUCAUAGGGCUACCCGAGAGAAGAAUGCCUUAAUAAAAGUUGGGCCUUCUAUAUAUAUAACAUGAUGCUCAUUUAAUUAAACAUUAACAUGCGCAAGCGUCAUUACACAUACAUAUAUUUAAGCUUAAUAAUGUUCAUAUAAUCAUUCACCUAUGUCAUGUAUGUUAUAUUCAUGUUUGAUCAACAUUGUAUAACUUGUAACUUAAGAAACAAUCACAAUGGUGGCCAUGUGAACUCUCUGAUCAAGUAAUUUCUGCUAAAUAAUCUCACUCCAAAAAACUCUUAUUUUCAUCA